AUGAGCGCGGCCCCGAGCACCUCCCGUGCUCCCCAGCCGCUGCUCCGCUUCCCCGACGGGCCGGGCGGCGGGCGGGCGGCGGGCGGGGGCGGCGUCCCGGGGCCAUGCCCCUGCCCUUGUCCCUGCCCGGGAGGGCCGCGGAAGCGGCGGCGGACCACGUUCAGCCGGGGGCAGCUAUCGGAGCUGGAGCGGGCCUUCGCCGCCGUGCCCUACCCGGACAUCGCCACCCGGGAGCGCCUGGCCGAGCUCACCCAGUUGCCCGAAGCCAAGAUCCAGGUCUGGUUCCAGAACCGCCGCGCCCGCAGGAUCCGUAGCGCCAAGCCGGAGCCGCCACCGCUACCACCGCUACCACCGCCCGGGGAGCGGGGUUCCCCCGCGCCACCUCCCGACGGCAGCAUCCCGUGCCCGGCCCCUGCUCUGCCGCCGCCGGGAUCUCACAGCCCCGCUCGGGGCCUCCCCACCUCGCUGGGCUCCAUCUCCGACCUCAUCUACAGCGCGGCCAUCACCAACCUGGGCGAGCCAUAG